ACAGCUGGCUGGUUUCGUUUACAAACCAUCAUUUUAUUAUUUAUUAUUUUUGUGAAAAUGAAUGAAGAAAUUGAUGAAUAUGAUAUUUACCACCAAGAUUUUACUACAGCAUCUGAAUGGGAAGUAUUUAUUGCGCGCUUAGAAGAAAUAAUGACAGAUUGGCAAUUAUCUAAAUCUAAAAUUCCUAUGCAUAAUUCCAAAUACACAAAGAAAUGGCUCACCAAAACAGAGGUUCUAUGUUUGCAUGGACUUGAGUUCAAGCUGACGUAUCAUCAUUUAGAACCAGAACGGUUUACUAAAAGCUCGGAAUCUAAAUCUGAUGAUCACUUUAUAUUAAAAGAAAUUCAAAAUGGAAUUUGGGAAUCAACUAAGAACUUCAUGGAUGAUGUUGAUGGCAGUCCAUUUCCGGUGUCAAAUUGGUUUUGCUUAAAACGGUAUCUAAUGCUUUGUCCUCGAUUGCCUCUGGUGGAUGGUAAUAUCAUCAAGUCAGUAAUGAGUUCUGUAAAUAUCUCAAUAGCCAAUGUCGACUGUGGGGUACCAUUUUUUGUCAAACUCAGAGAACAUUGGCAACCUGUGUACCUGGGCUUGUAUGAAGAUAGUGAUUAUAAAAUAAGUUUUGAUACUGUCCAUUUAAAGCUUAUUUCUAGUCAGUGUUCACAUCUUACUGGUCUAGUUGGUAUAUUUAAAUCCAAAAUAUCCUCCCCAGUUCCUUUAGACGCUGUGGUCAUCUCUGUGAAAUUCUCGUACGAGCUUAAAGAUUCUGAUGCUUUUGUUUGGAAAGAGAAGCUGCAUUCCAAUGAGUUUUUAUCAAUUGAAGGCUUUGAUGUAAAAAAGCUGACAGAGCUACCUUUUGGGUCUGAGAACAAUCCAGUUCAAAGUGCAUUAUUAAAUGCCAUUUGGCCACAGUUUAGGGAGAGUGCAAUUGUUGAUUCGUCAACAUUUUCAGAUAUCGAUCCGAUAAUGGCACCAACAUGGAUGAUAACAAUUAAAAUGAGGAGUGACUUAAAGUGUCAACUUUCAGAUAUAAUUGAAAAAGUAAUGAGUUUGUUAGAUAAUAAUCACCUACUAAUGGACACGCUAGGAUUGAGUAAGAGUCUAGGUUUAAUAAAUCCAUUGAAUAAAAUAACGGAAGCACCAAUCACUAUAUCAAAAUUUGUGAAGGCCGCAAUGAGACAGACAACGAAUGUAUCAGAAUUCAAGGGGCCCAUAGCAGAUGAUUUGUUGAUGCCAUUGUUGUACUAUGUAUUUCCUGAUGCCGUUGAGGAUAGCGUAUAUCCAUUCCCAAAACAAUUGGAAUUAGAAAACAAACCAGAAACUGGUGAAGCUAAGCUGUGUCACUAUGUAAAGGCAAGUCCAUAUGAUGGUCUAGUUUGGAGAUUGUCAGUGACAUCGGCAAGACUGAUUGACGCUGGAGGUCUUCCAUAUCUUGCCCAUUUCUGGUAUGAAUUCUCUCAAGAGUUGCAGUAUAGAUGGGAGCACAGAAUACUUGUUCCAGGGAUUCUCGACGGAACUCCGAAUGCUAGAACAUGUCUGCUGCACCAGAAACUCCAAUUGCUGAAUUGCUGCAUAAAACGUGCUCUGGAGAAGACUGAUGUACAAAGCAACUCGUCUGAAGAAGAAUUCUUUGAUUGUUCCGAAGAAGAUGAUGAAGAUGACGAGCAUCCUUUGAGUAGACCUGUAGGACGCUUAAGUCGGCUAGAAAACGCAACAUUGAAAAAUGGAGCUCCUUUAUAUGUACCUAGAACACAAGAUCCAGCUCCAAAAACAGAAGACCAGUUAGAAGAAGACGCAGAACUUAUGGUGCGAUUAGGUGACGAUGCGAAAGCGUCAGAAUUACGAGCGAAAAUGAUGAGCGCUUCGUUACUCUCUGACAUGGAAGCUUUCAAAGCGGCCAAUCCGGGAGCGGAGCUGUGCGACUUCGUGCGUUGGUACUCUCCAAGAGACUGGAAGCCAGAUGACGGUGGAAGUCUCGGAGAGCGGAUGCUGCUGCCCGGGAACCCUUGGCUCGAAACGUGGAGCGUGGCCAGGUCGGUGCCUGCCGCGCAGCAACGGAGACUAUUCGACGAGACCAGAGAAGCGGAACAAGUGCUACAUUUCCUCCGAUCGAGAUCUGUGGCUUCGGUCGCAGGCUUGCUGUUGCCGGCUUUAUUAAAAGCCGGUGCUGUGAAAGCGCUGUCAGAAGGUGCUGCAGGAUCUAGUUGUAUUGUGGGUGGUCUAGAUCAGAGAAGAACGUUCGAGAUAGCCGCUAAGGAACUGUUUGACGCCGAGUGCGAAGUGAGUCGGUCGACGUGUGCGGGGAGAGUGCUCGGGAACAGUGUGGAGGGCCAGCCGCUAGAUGUCGCUGGUCGGUCGCGGAUAUUGAACGUGACGGGCGGCUGGUUGCCGGCGCCGGCCAGGAGGGAGUUCACGCUAAGGGUCAAGGAUGCAGGUGGUCCACAGAUAAUGCGCGCUACCUUGGCCAACGAUAUGACUGUGGUGGGAGCAUUCACGGAGCGGAUAGUGUGCUUGUAGCCCAUCUAUUACUUAGUGGCCAUCCAUAAGACGUUAUGUACCAUAUCAAGGUGGUGCGAGGAGGGUCGACCUAGUGUGUCGUUGUUUGACAAGGGGCGGAGGCGGGGAGCGGUCGCAAUAUUCGUGACGUCACAUUUUUUCAAAAUAUAAUAUUUUCAUAGUAAAUUUGUUUAUAUUAUAUUAUAACUUCUAUUUAUUGCCAUUGGUGAAAUUGGACCUAGUUAGUGUGGGUCUCACAAAUGUGACAAGGACGGGGACGGGGGAGUGUGUCAUGAAAUCAUGAAAUUCUUGUGACAUAAUGUAUGAUGAUAAUAACAACAUAUUAUCCGGGAACUCUUGCAGACAAAUUAAUUCCAAUUUCCAUUGACAAAUGAUUGUAUCAAAUGCAAUUCCGAUUAUGCAAGUGUAAUUUUACAAUGAUCGGUAAUAAAUUAAUUCCGUUUAUACAGAAUGGAAUUAGUUUUGAAAGUAUUGAUAUUGUUGUUAUUGAAUUUCUAAUACGGGUUAUAUCAAUAUUUUCAAGAAAAAAAAUGGGGCCUUUUUUUGCUUUGGGCUUUUUACUCGCCACUUUAAUGUUGAUUUUUAAUUAUAGCCAAUGUUAUAUAAAUAUAGCUUUUGCAAAAGUUGAAAGAAUGUUACCAGAUUGUUAGUUAAGAAUGUCAAUUGUUGUAUUUCAAUUUGUAUUAAUUAUUUAUUGAACUAUUUAUUGGUGCUUGUGGUCUCGUCUCACGACACACGCUUUAUUGUUGAACUGAAUAUAGCCACAAUACAGUAAUAUAACAGUACUUUAACUUCAUAUUAGAGUGUUCGAAUUGACGCACGCACACAUACACAUAAUUAACAUGGCCGCUAAACAAUCUUGGGAAGACAAAUCUAUUGAGUACCACGCCGUACGCCGCCGAGACUGGUCGCUGUCCGAGUUAAAUUUACUGCGCCGUGCUGACUGCGUCGUCAAUCCUUAUAGACCAGGGUCGAUAAUUUUUUAAAUCAAAAAAAUAAUAGCAGGUGAGUAAGGCCCAUUGGAAAAGGACGAGAAUAUAACAAAAAUGAAAGCAAAAAUAAAUUACGGGUGAUCUGAGGUCGGGAAGUGGAAAAGGGGAGGUGUUUUAGGUUAAAAAACCUUUUAUCUCGAUUUACUGCGAAACUAUUAUUAUUCCUAUGGCAAAAAGUUAAAUGUCAAAGUUGUAGGUAAUAAAAAUAUGUACAACUUUUGUUUUCACACUUUUUUCACAUAACUUCAAAGCCAUAUAGGCUUUGAAAUUAUGUAAAAUUCAAAAAAGCAAGUUAUUGGUUUUUUAUUUUUAUCUUAUACAAAAAAAAAAUUCACGAAAUAUAUUAAAAAGUUACCUUUUAAUGUCCCAAAUACACUGUAACUUAUUUGAAUUUAAAUAUUUAGGUUUUCACGUUAUUUUGACUCAAAUAUCGGAAAAGAACCCUUAUUUUCUAUCGAAAAUUCACUCGUCAAAAUAUCAGCUUUUUUCGUAAAUUUUGUGUGCUUUCUAUUCGUUGAAAACUUUACUUUCCGUUGGUGUAAAAAAAAAUAUACAUUACAAUGUUAAAUGUUCGGAAAAUUUAAGCUCAUCAAAAGGCAUUUCAUAAAGAAUUCAUACCUGUUAUUUCGUUGCAGCAAAAAUCAAAAAGGUCCCUUUUCCACUUCCCGACCUCAGAUCGCCCGUAAUUUAUUUUUCCUUUCAUUUUUGUUAUAAUCUCUUCCUUUUCCAAUAAAUUUCAUCCUACUAUUAUUAUUUUUUCACUUUUUAUCAUUUUCAAAGGCACUGGUCUAUUAUGUACGUACCAACCCUUGUGCUCCGCCCUGUCGUCGGUAUAAAUGUGAAGGAGAUCGCUGAGUUACGUUACUGUUCUAUUACUGUACUGUGAUAUAGCUUUGUAGCUGGUUUUUGGUAUUGUUACUAUAAAACUAUAUUAGCAAAAUAUCUUUGUACAAGUUUUAAAAUACAAUAUUUAAUUAUUAUUUAGAGGUUUUAAAAUAUCUUGAAAUGAAAUUACACAUAACAUACUUAUGUUAGUGUAAUAUUAUGUUAUUAAAUCCUUAUGUUCAUUAAAUAUAAAAAAAAUAUCGGCCUUGGAUAGUAGAUAUUAUAUAUCUGCCAAGCAUUGAGACGAAUCUAUUAAUAAAGUUAUAAAUAGUUAUAUCACUUUUAAGAUAAUAAGCUUAACUUUUAAAAAUUAUACUAAUGCCACGUUCUUAUGGUUAUGUAAGAUAAAAAUAGGUACAAUUUGUUAUGAGAGAGUUUUUUAUAUAAUAAAUA